AUGAGCGAUCCGUCGUGUGCUGUGACGGUGACGGGCACGGACGAUGGCGUGAGUGGAGCAGUGCAGGAGAUGGAACGCAUCCUUGGGUUCAAGCCAUCCACUGAUGCCCUGGUCACCGCAGAGUUUGACAUCCACCACAGCAGUUAUGGCCGCAUCAUUGGCCAGCGCGGGCAGACGCUCAAGGAGCUGGAGCACGACUUCCGUUGCAGUAUCGAAGUGCCAUCAAAGCAAGCAGACAGUGGCAGCCAUGUGAAGGCACAGGGCUCCAAGGGUGACAUCGAGCAGCUGACGCAAAAGCUGUCCCAACUUCUCGGCGAGCCAGUCCGCGUUGUGGGUUCCGAGGCUGCGCCAGUCACUGUUGAGAAGACAAUUGAACUGCACAGCGGUGGUGAUAUCGCGGAGGCCCUGUUCUUCCCGGAGCCGGAAGGCAGCCACGACCGCUUCCAGCGCUUCCUCCUCUACCUGAAGUCGGCCAAACGCACGCUCGAUAUCUGCGUCUUCACCAUCACGGACAACCGCAUCACCCGCGCCAUCCUCCACGCCUUUCACACCGGCGUCAAGGUGCGUGUGGUGACGGAUGACGAGUGCAGCAGUGCACAAGGCAGUGACAUCCACGAAAUGAUGCAAGCCGGCAUUCCUGUUCGCAUGGACAACGACCCUGCGCACAUGCACCACAAGGUGACAGCUUACCACGAGGAGUUUGAGCGGCUGUGGAAGCGAUUCGCCUGA